GCAAGAUAGGCACCAAAGAGCAGAGGAGGAAGUCAGAGCAAAUUUUCUUCACGAGAGCUGUCAUUUGUGCUGUUUUACAGGGGUUGUGUGCUGAAGACUCCAACACUGAAUGACAUAUAACACAUUGCAAUGCUGGAAAUAAGGAAUAGAGAUGACACAGAGAGGGGGUCUGACCGGGAACCAUGCAAAAAAUUUUCUCAUUCCAUUGAGGAGAUCCUGAGAAAGCCCACUUGCACCAGAAAAGAGGAAAAAGUUCAUCGCAACUGGUCUGUUAUCAAGGAGAACACCCGGAUAUCAAACCAGCUUGUAGGCGCAGAAAGUCCGGAAAUCAGGCACCAUGAAGAAUCUCCAAAAUCCCCUGCAGAAUGUAUCAGUGGCAGAAAAAAGAGGCAAACCAGGAUCACUUAUACACCAUCGCAGGUACAGGAGAUGGAGAAGGUCUUUCAGCAGACUCACUACCCGGAUGUCAAGACCAGAGAGCAGUUGGCCUCAUAUCUGGUCCUCACUGAGGGGCGAAUACAGAUUUGGUUUCAGAAUCGUCGAGCCAAAUGGAGGAAGACUGAAACAUUGAGAGACAUUCAGCUGACAGACAGACAGCAUACACAUUCGCACAAUAAUUCCCGGUUAUUUUAUGAGAAACCACGGCUGGCAACAAUGUGUUGGCUGCCACGUUGCUCACAGGAGUUGUUGCAUUCAAGACUGCUCCUCACAGCAAAGUCACCUCCCAGCAUGCUGGCCGAAACACAUUUCUCACAUCGCAGAAGUCCGUAUUUUGACAUUCAGACGGUGACCUGAGAGUGAUGAAACGAUUAGGUUGUGACAUUAGCAUCACAAUGUUUUUUUUUAUUGAAGGCUUUGAUGUUUUUAAGCUAAUUUACAACCUGGUUGUGCUUUUAUGUCGUGGUCUUUCUUUACAAUAAAUGUCUUCUUUAAAUAUUA